UACCAUCCCCAUCUCGCAAAAAUGUACAUCCCCCACCAUGCCACCACUUCGCUCCUCAAGCGCGACAACAUGGGCUUCGUAAUCCCGCCCUGGGCCAUCAUCCUGCUCGUCAUGCUGGGCGGCGGCUUCGCGAUUUGCUGCGGCUACGCCCUAUUCCGCUUCUACUACGAGCCGUCGGACGAGACGAAGUGGGCCAGUAGGCGGCCCGAGCAAGAUGCGUAUAUGCGGGAGGUACGGGAGCGGCAUUGGCAUGAGUUGAGUAGGAGGACAGGAGGGGCAGCGUAUUUUCAGCCGAAGGGGGAUGGAUUGGGGCAUGCACCGAUUAGUCCUAGUGGAAACAGCAACACAACUUACGGAUGAGGUCGUAUAGACACGUGUUUGAUGUGAUGCCGUGAGCAUCGAGAUGAUUACGGCCAACGGACCGGACUGCGCGGAUCGAAUGCGUUCAUGCAGCAAAUGAAGACGGACCGCUCGGACUGAGCAGCAUCGAUGGAGCGAAGGAAGACUGGAAGACUGGAAGACUGGAGGACUGGAAGACGCCGGCAGACAAGGUGCUAGGCAGAAUAGAUGGAACAUGUGGAACUGGAGAUGUAUGUGUCCUGCAGCAAUUUGCUAUUGCUGUUGAGGACACGCACUGAGUGGGCAUCCAGCCAUAGACCCAGCCCAAGAGUGUAGACGAAUGCGGUUUGGGAUGCAACUGAUUGCCGGUCGCACGUAGGUCUGCAAGAGCUCACCCUCACCUUUAAAAGGUUCAGGAAGAAAGACAUAGACAGGACGCCAUUAGAAGAACGACCAAAUCGAAUGAAAUCACGAAGCAUAAGUAAUAC